GGGGGUGCAAACACCAUCGCCGUCGUGUGUCAGAGGAAGACCGCCAUCACCGGGAAAAGGUGUGUUUUUAGUAGCCCUUAAUUUUCCUCAAACAUCUUCACUUUUGUAGGCUCUCUUAAAUCUUAACAAUGGCCUUCCUUUGUCAUGUUCUUACUGAUAUGAGAAGUGUGAGAUUAUUGAUGUACAGCAUUUGUCCAAAGAGAAAGGUAGAAGAAACAAACAGGUUGUUAUAGCUUUACAGAUUCUCAGAAUUCUCCUCGUUAAAAUGUCAGGAAGAAGAACAGAUUGCAAAUCUAGAACUUGAUCGAGAGAAAAAAGCGAAUUACUUUAAUCAGUUGCCUUGUUGGUGUGGUCCCGGCAGCUGUGCAUACAGCUGGUUAUUGUGUGGAGCAGAUCUGUGUUGCAUUGUAUUUAUUCACUGUCCUUGUAAAUAGACUGAAGGGACUAUUCAAAUAUUUGUCCAAAGUACUUUUUUAAUGCAUAGAUGUGGCACAGUUGCACUGAUAUUUGCUUAAGGCACUAAUUCCCCUGGUUUCUAUAAGAUAUGUUAUACGUAUGUUUUUCCUGGUCAGGUCAUGUGAUCAGGAAAAACUCUGGGCCCUAGUUAUUAUCUUACGCAAUAUGGGCCAGUUUCCGGGACAGAGAUCAAGUCCAGUCCUGGACUAAAAAAGCAUUCCUCAAUAGAGAAUCUCCAUUGAAAUAGACUGUAGCACUAAUCUGUGUCCGGGAAACCUGCCCUAUAACUACAAGUAAUAACAUACAGUAGUUGACAAUUUCAAUCAGUUGUUUGUACUGCUCUUUGAGAUUAUCAUGAUAUCUGUAAUAACAUUAGUAAUCCUCCUGUAUAUCGCAGUGGGGGAGGGAUCAACUGUGUUGAUAUGAACAGUUUAGAAUAUUUCUCCAUGAUGUCACUGACGGGGUGGUGCCAGGUAAACAACCUCUCCCUCAAUGUCAGCAAAACAAAGGAGCACGCCCCCAUCCUCAUCAACAGUGGAGACGGUCAAAUUCUUCAAGUUCCUCGGCGUACACAUCUCUGAGGAGCUGAAAUUGUCAAAACACACGGACACCGUAGUGAAGAAGGCACAACAGCGACUCUUCAACCUUAGGAUGCUGAAGAAAUUUGGCCUGUCCCCAAGGUCCCUCACAGUGUUCUACAGGAGCACCAUCGAGAGCAUACUGUCGGACUGCAUUACAGCCUGGUACGGCAACUCCACCGCCGUGGACUGCCCAGCAUCCUCCCCGCACAUGCCAUCCCCCUCAGACAAACACAAACACACACACACACACACACUCCAACCCGGCUCAGCGCGCUGCCUGUCCGACCCACUUAUAUGUAAUCAUCAGUAAUCCUCAGUGCGUUAUCCGGGCUUAACCGCUGGCAGGCACAUUCCGGGCAAGAUUGGGAGCCCAGAUAUUCCAAGUCUUGCAGCGGUAUUAACCAGUGAACAGACCAGUGAAAACCCAGAGGGGUGGACAGAAGUUAACCCCCCACCCACCCCCUCCCCAGCACUCUGAAACUGAUGAUAAGACCACAGCUUUACAAGCUACGACCCCCAAAGCCCCCAGAGAGGGUUUCCAGGAAAAAUAGGGGGAAUUACCACCUCUUUCUCCUCCAUUCCUGUGGUGUAGUAAUUGAGUGGAAUCAUGGUGAAAAUGUUCCCAAUGGAAUCCUGUCCAAUCACUUUUAUUGAUGAAUAAGUACACUACAUUUACAUUUAACAUUUAAGUCAUUUAGCAGACGCUCUUAUCCAGAGCGACUUACAGUUAGUGAGUGCAUACAUUUUGACACUACCAGUCAAAAGUUUGGACACACCUACUCAUUCAAGGGUUUUUCUUUAUUUUUAAAUUGUUUUACAUUGUAGAAUAAUAGUGAAGACAUCAAAACUAUGAAAAACACAUAUGGAAUCAUGUAGUAACCAAAAAAGUGUUAAACAAAUCAAAAUAUAUGUUAUAUUUGAGAUUCUUCAAAUAGCCACCCUUUGCCUUGAUGACAGCUUUGCACACUCUUGGCAUUCUCUCAACCAGCUUCAUGAGGUAGUCACCUGGAAUGCAUUUCAAUUAACAGGAGUGCCUUCUUAAAAGUUAAUUUGUGGAAUUUAUUUCCUUCUUAAUGCAUUUGAGCCAAUCAGGUAGGGAUGGUAUACAGAAGAUAACCCUAUUUGGUAAAAGACCAAGUCCAUAUUAUGUCAAGAACUGUAACUGUAUUUCUGGAUUGACAGGGGUCUGUUGGAGGUCUUGCAGCUUGACUUUGAGACCAAGGAGUUGACUGAGCAACAAUUAGAGAGCCAGAUGAUCACAUGGCGUUUUGAAACAGGAAACAUCAAGGAUGUUGGCGUCAUGAGGAUCUAUACCACCCAGAGAGAUUACGUGGGCCUGACACCACUGGUCAUGGUGAGGAGUGUGUGUGCGUGCCUUUUAUGUGUGUGCACGUGUGGCAUUUUAUUUGUAUGCGUGCAUGCACCUGUGUGCAAAUGCACCUGGGUUUGUAUGGCACAGCAGUGUUUUAUGGCGGAGGUGUGGGCUAUAAAGGAACAAUAAAGCGCUUGUGUAAAUGAUUGGGAGAGCUCUGGAGAGGGGGAUGUCAGGCGGGUGUUGAUGUGUUAAUUGUUGUACAGCUGAGUGCCAGCUCCAUUGGCCUCUAGCUUUGAUAACAUCAGGGCUGUUCUGGCCCAGGUCACACUCUCCCUCAGUGUUAAUGAAGUUGAUGUUCAUUGAGGAUCAAACGGCCCCCAUAGGGAAGAAUGAAACAUCUUCAUAUCAAAGCCACUAUGCUUUAUACGAUUUUUCCAAAAGUACAAGUACUAAGUAUAGAUCUGGUUUGUCAGAAGGUGGUAAUACCACCUGUGUACUUGUGACAGGAAUUAAGCCCUUUUUCACAGCGGUGUUGGUAUUAAAAAUCCCAUAGGGAUUGCUUCAGUACAGUAGGUCUGUACAAUACAAUACAAUACAAUAUAAUACAACUUUAUUGUACUGGUAGUCAGUUUGGGUGACUUUCAGAGGCAGAACUAGAGAAUUUCUGAAUCUCGGUCAGCAGCUGUUGUGCUGUGCUGCUGAGUUAGAAUGACUUACAGGCUGGCCUGCAACAUCUGUCGAGAGCUGCAGUUAAAUCUACAUCAGCUAGGCCAUACGGUCAUCAGCCACUGUAUCAACCCCCAUGCCUCCUAGAUUAGAAAAUACAUUAUUAGAGAGUAUCAUGGCCAGAAAACCCUUUUAAACCCAUGUUCAAAGAGGGGUUAUAGAGCUAUAAGAGAGAUCUUAUCAGCCGUAGACCAACCUUGAUUUGUCUAUUUAUGUUAAGGAUGUAAGCAGUUAAACACAUGCACAGACUUAACUGUACAAGGAAGCGCAUGAGUGCGUGUGCAUGUGAUUGUGUGAUUGUGUGUUUCUGUGUGUGUUCAUGCGAGUGUGUGUACAUGUGCAUGCCAAUCUUUGUGUAAAUGUGUGUGUGUUGUUAUAUGCCUGCCUUACACGGUCACUCGGUCUUGUCUUUCCCCUGUAGGACAGUGACGUGCUGAACACAGCUGUUCUGACUGGUAAGAAAGUGUCUGUCCCAGUCAGGACUCUGGCUGUGGAGGCUGACGGCUCUGUCACCGAUGUCACCAACUACACCAACUGCAGGUCAACUGACGAGAAUGUGCUGAAGGUACAGCUUUGGAAGCCCUGUUUCAAUGUUCACUGUUUUUCUACAGAUGUAGGAGCUUAAUUUGAUCACCUAGUUGCAUGAUAACUUAAAAUGUGUAGUGUAUUAGAGGUUUAAAAGGCUGCUGAAGUUUACAAUUUCCACUUUGACAUUUCAGACUCUGCAUCAACCCCUACAAAAAUGUCCAUUAAUUAUAAUCCACAUCAUAAGUAACAUUUCCUGUUGCUGCAGAAUUAUUUUCCUGCUGUAGCAAACUGGCUCAAAUUAAGAUCCUAUAUAUAUCUGUAUGUUGCAAGAGAACAAGACUUAUGACUAUCACAUUCAGAAUCAUUCAGAGACCAUACUAAAACCAUACUAAAAAUCAUACUUGCAUGAGAAAUGCAUGUUAUUAGAGCAGAUGUUGUAUAAAAGAGGAUCUCGUGGAGCCAAGGGCAUAGGGACUUUACUCCAUUAAGAGAGAGAGAGACGGAGAGAUGAAAAGAGACAGUGAGGGGGAGAGACAGACAGAGACAGAGGACAUUCACCGAGCAAAUUGAGAAAAAGCUAGAUAAAGAGCAGGAGAGCAAGUGAGGAAAGGAUAUUAUUGCCUAGCGUUUUCCAUUAAGAGGUUACUCACCUGAGCUGGUCUUUUCAAGGUAAGGGUGGGUUUGUAUUUCUGUAUGUUUAUUAUGACUUAUGAAGACUGUAGAACUGUUUCCAGUUAUUAUAUCACUCUCUCUUCCCAGUCAGUGACCCCUCUUAGAGCAAAGGGCCUCACUGGGUCAGGGUAAAGGAUCCUCCAGACUCCCGAGCAUGGAUACAUUUGUAUACACAUACACAUACACACGGACACAAUAUGAUGGUUCCACAGCAUGCUCUUUCUCUCUUCUCUCUCUCUCAGCACCUAGAUGGAUACAUCUUAGAUGGCUAAGGGAUAGAUUAAAUCCGGACGGAAUAAGAUCUGCGUUAUACAGUGCCUUGCAAAAGUAUUCAUCCCACUUGGCGUUUUUCCUAUUUUCUUGCAUUACAACCUGUAAUUUAAAUAGAUUUUUAUUUGGAUUUCAUGUAAUGGACAUACACAAAAUAGUCCAAAUUGGUGAAGUGAAAUGAAAAACAUUACUUGUUUCAAUAAAUUCUAAAACAUAAAUCUAAAACAUAAAAAGUGGUGCUUGCAUAUGUAUUCACUCCCUUAGGUAUGAAGCCCCUAAAUAAGAUCUGGUGCAACCAAUUACCUUCAGAAGUCACAUAAUUAGUUAAAUAAAGUCCACCUAUGUGCAAUCUAAGUGUCACAUGAUCUAUCACAUGAUCUCAGUAUAUAUACACACCAGUUCUGAAAGGCCCCAGAGUCUGCAAAACCACUAAGCAAGGGGCACCACCAAGCAAGCGACACCAUGAAGACCAAGGAGCUCUCCAAACAGGUCAGGGACAAAGUUGUGGGAAAGUACAGAUCAGGGUUGGGUUAUAAAAAAAAAUCUGAAACUUUGAACAUCCCACAGAGCACUAUUAAAUCCAUUAUUCAAAAAUGGAAAGAAUAUGGAACCACAACAAACCUGCCAAGAGAGGGCCGCCCACCAAAACUCACGGACCAGGCAAGGAGGGAAUUAAUUAGAGAGGCAACAAAGAGACCAAAGAUAACCCUAAAGGAGCUGUAAAGCUCUACAGCGGUGAUUGGAGUAUCUGUCCAUAGGACCACUUUAAGCCGUACCCUCCACAGAGCUGGGCUUUACGGAAGAGUGGCCAGAAAAAAGCCAUUGCUUAAAGAAAAGAAUAAGCAAAUACGUUUGGUGUUCGCCAAAAUGUAUGUGGGAGACUCCCCAAACAUAUGGAAGAAGCUUUUUGGCCAUCAAGGAACGCUAUGUCUGGCGCAAACCCAACACCUCUCACCACCCCGAGAACACCAUCCCCACAGUGAAGCAUGGUGGUGGCAGCAUCAUGAUGUGGGGAUGUUUUUCAUCGGCAGGGACUGGGAAACUGGUCAGAAUUGAAGGAAUGAUGGAUGGCGCUAAAUACAGGGAAAUUCUUGAGGGAAACCUGUUUCAGUCUUCCAAAGAUUUGAGACUGGGACGGAGGUUCACCUUCCAGUAGGACAAUGACCCUAAGCAUACUGCUAAAGCAACACUCAAGUGGUUUAAGGGGAAACAUUUAAAUGUCUUGGAAUGGCCUAGUCAAAGCCCAGACAUCAAUCCAAUUGAGAAUGUGUGGUAUGACUUAAAGAUUUGUCACGAUCGUUCAUGAACGAGAAGGACCAAGGCGCAGCGUGAUAUGCAUUCAUAUUUAUUAACGACUAAACACACGACAAAACAACAAACGAAACGUGAAGUCCAAGGUAGCAUACAAAUAACAUACCUUUAUGGAACAAGAUCCCACAACCCACUAGUGCCCACAGGCUACCUAAGUAUGGUCCCCAAUCAGAGACAACGAGCUACAGCUGCCUCUGAUUGGGAACCACCCUGGCCAACAUAGAUCUAAACGAUCUAGAAACUAAACAUAGAAAAGACAACAUAGAACUACACACUCUGGCUCAACAUUUAAGAGUCCCCAGAGCCAGGGCGUGACAGUACCCCCCCCCCCCCCCCCCAAAGGUGCGUACUCCGACCGCGCAACCUAAACAUAACAGGGUAGGGGCCGGGUGGGCAUUCCGCCUCGGAGGCGGAUCCGGCUCCGGGCGUGACCACCACCUAUUAUCCGCCUCCCUGUUGCACCCCUGGUCUGGACUGGAACCGCUGACUGGAGCUGGACCCGACGACGGUGGAUCGAACUGCUCUGGCUCCGGAGUGGAGCCGCUGACCGGAGCUGGACCAGGCACCGGUGGAGCGGACUGCUCUGGCUCCGGAGUGGAGCCGCUGACCGGAGCUGGACUGGACCCCGGUGGAGCGGAUUGCUCUGGCUCCGGAGUGGAGCAGCUGACCGGUGCCGGACCAGGCACCGGUGGAACAGGCACGGGCCGUGCCGGACUGGACACGCACCACUGGCUUGGUGCGGGGAGUAGGAACGGGCCGAACCUGGCUGAUGACGCUUACCCCUGGCUUGGUGCGGGGAGCAGGAACGGGCCGUACCAGACUGGCGACGCGCACCACUGGCCUGGUGUGGGGAGCAGGAACAGGCCGGGCCGGGCUGGCGACGCGCACCACUGGCUUGGUGCGAGGGACAGGCACAGGUCGGACCGGGCUGGCGACGCGCACCACUGGCUUGGUGCGAGGGGCAGGAACAGGCCGGGCCGGGCUGGCAACGCACACCACUGACUUGGUGCGAGGGACAGGAACAGGUCGGACCGGGCUGGCGACGCGCACCACUGGCUUGGUGCGAGGGGCAGGAACAGGCCGGGCCGGGCUGGCGACGCGCACCACUGGCUUGAUGCGAGGAGCAGGAACGGGCCGAACCGUACUGGGAACACACACCACUGGCUUAGUGCGGGAAGCAGGAACGGGCCGAACCGGACUGGCGACACGCACCACUUGAUUGGUGCGAGGAGCGGGACUGGGUUCCUUCAUUAACCCCCGCUCCUUCUGCUGCCUAACCAGCUCCUCUCGCCGUGCCUCUACACUUUCCUUCUGCUCCCUCUAAACCAAUGGCCCCCCUAAUCUGGUGGCCUCCUCUGCUAACCAGCGGAACCGCCCUGUCACGGCCUCCUGCUGCCUCGUCGUCCACACCGUGUGCCCCCCCAAAAAAUGUUUUGGGGAUUGUCUCUCCACCGUGAUCAGGGCCUCCCUCCUUCUUGCCAGCCUCUCGCUCAUCUCCUCCCAAGUCCAUCCUCUCUGCUCCACCUCGGCACACUGCUUGGUCCAGGUCUGGUGGGAUCUUCUGUCACGAUCGUUCAUGAACGAGAAGGACCAAGGCGCAGCGUGAUAUGCAUUCAUAUUUAUUAACGACUAAACACACGACAAAACAACAAACGAAACGUGAAGUCCAAGGUAGCAUACAAACAACAUACCUUUACGGAACAAGAUCCCACAACCCACUAGUGCCCACAGGCUACCUAAGUAUGGUCCCCAAUCAGAGACAACGAGCUACAGCUGCCUCUGAUUGGGAACCACCCUGGCCAACAUAGAUCUAAACGAUCUAGAAACUAAACAUAGAAAACACAACAUAGAACUACACACCCUGGCUCAACAUUUAAGAGUCCCCAGAGCCAGGGCGUGACAAGAUUGCUGUACACCAGCGGAACCCAUCCAACUUGAAGGAGCUAGAGCAGUUUUGCCUUGAAGAAUGGGCAAAAAUCCCAGUGGCUAGAUGUGCCAAGCUUAUAGAGACAUACCCCAAGAGACUUGCAGCUUUAAUUGCUGCAAAAGGUGGCUCUACAAAGUAUUGACUUUGGGGGGGGGGGGGGGGGGGGGUGAAUAGUUAAGCACACUCAUGUUUUCUGUUUUUUUGUCUUAGUUUGUUUCACACAUUUUUGUAUUUUGCAUCUUCAAAGUGGUAGGCAUGUUGUGUAAAUCAAAUGAUACAAACCCCCAAAAAAUCCAUUUUAAUUUCAGGUUGUAAGGCAACAAAAUAGGAAAAAUGCCAAGGGGGGUGAAUACUUUCGCAAGCCACUGUAACGCAAUUAAAAAUUUUACAGUAAUUUCCGAUUGAACCGACAUAUGCAGCGGAAACAUUUUAAUCGCACUAUAAUGCGGAUCCUCGGUGGCCCGGAUUGAAUCUAGCCUAAGCCUAUGUGACUAUGGGCACAGGGACCUGAAAUUUUAUAGAAAGUAAUGGGCUAGUACAUUAUGGGCAAGUAGAUUUCAGCUUGCUAACCAAGUCACAUAACUCCUCCUCCUCAACUCAGGUUGUGUUCUUUAAUAACUCAGCCUCCCCCUGUGUCCCCCCAGGUGUCAGAUCGUUGUGACUAUGUGUUUGUUAAUGGGAAGGAGACGAGGGGGAGGAUGAGGAUGGUGCUCAACUUCACCUAUAGCUACCUGAGUGCCCAACUGGAGAUGAGUGUGUGGAUGCCUCGCCUUCCACUGCUUAUCGACGUGGCCGACCCCGAACUCAGCCAGAUCAAGGGCUGGAGGGUCCCCGUGGCCGCCGGCAACAGGAGGUAUGGUUUUGCUUACAAUACCAGCUCUCCACAUACCGAUGUUGGCAGAGCUUAAGCCUUUGUCAGUACUAUUUAGAAAUGCACAGUACAGAAUGAGAGAGCUGAUGCCAAGACCUGCUGCAGCAAGGCUGGAGCAAGGCAUUCAUGAAGGAUUCAAAGAAGGAUUUAAUCAACAGUUUGUUUGCACAAAACGUAAUAACAAAUAAUCACAAGAGCCACAAGUAGUGACCCACUGCAUAGUGAUAAGGAUUUCACAUAGUCCUAAAGCCUUAAAACCAGAAAAUACUGUUUGUUUACCAGCCUCAUAGACUAGAGCUGUACUGUUCAGACAGAUAGAUUAAUCCAUAAAUACACACAGUAUAGUAAGUACUAUGAGAGAGAGGGUAGGGAAUGGAAAUCCUCCAGCUUAUCAGCCUUGACUAAUGCAUAUUACUAUACUCUAUAAUAAUAAUCUAUCAUCACAUCACUUUUAGUUACAUUAGUGUGUUAUUCCCCGUAGAAGGGACAUAGACUUUCUCUCAGAAAACAGGUCAGUAGGGUCUCACUAAAUACUGAGUGUCUUACCGCUGCCUGGUUCUCACACAAUACACUGAGGUGGAUGGAUAGAUUGUGUAGGGUGUUGUUGUUUUCUCUGGAGCUACACUGUGUGUUUACAUGGUUAUGGUUGGUGUCAGAGCUAGCUACCCAAACCAUUCAACCCUCAGAUUUUUCUUGAACUUCUUCCAUCUGACAGUUUUCUCUUAAGAGUAUACAAUAAAGUUUAGUUUUACAUUACUCUGUGGUCAUAGCCUUACACCCCCCCCCCCCCCCCCCCCCCCCUCUCUCUCACUGUCUCUCACUCUCUCUAUCUCUCUCUCUCUCUCCCACUCACUCACUCACUCACUCUCUCACUUUCUCUCACUCUCUCUCUCUCUCUUUCUCUCCCUUUCCCUCUCUCUCUCUCUCUCUCUCUCUCUCGCUCUCGCUCUCGCUCUCGCUCUCGCUCUCGCUCUCGCUCUCUUGCUCUCUCGCUAUCUCUCUCUGUCUCAGGACCAGCUGGGACAGUGAGGAAGAGGAGGAGAUGAGGAGGGGCAGGGGAUGCAUGCUACAAUACCAACACACUGUGGUCAGGGUGCUCACACCCUUUGUGGCCGAGCCGUCGGACCCAGCUUCAGACCCCAUGGUAGGGGGAGUGGAGGGGUCUCUGGAGAGUUUCCUGGGGCCAGACUGGCAGGUGGAUGUCACCAGGCUGGUGCGCUACUCUCUCAGGGUGGGAGACCAAUCUAUAGCCAGACUACAGGCUGGGACUGUACUGCAGGGACGCGCUGCAGGGACCACCACUCUACAGGUAAUGUGUGUGUGUUUGCGUGUGUACAUGCGUGUGUGUGUUUGUUUGUGUGUAUGCUAAUGUGUGUGAAUGAUGUUGCAGGUGAUGUCUCCUCUGUCUGACUUGAUCCUGGCUGAGCGGAUGGUCAGGGUUCUGGAAGACAAAGUGAGUGUGACAGAGCUGGGAGUGCAGCUGGUCUCUGGCCUCUCUCUGUCCCUCCAGCUCAGCCCAGGGAGCAACAGGGCCAUCAUCGCCACGACUACCACACAGGAAGUCAUGCAGAGACCCAAACAGGUAACUAGACAAAUUAUCUCAAAUCAUACCUGAUUCAAACCUAUUAUUCAAAAUAAAGUACUUCCAAAGAACAAGCCCCAACUACACAUUGUGCCAUUCAGAAGCUGGGGGGGAAACUAUUAGCAAUAGUGGAAAACCUGUACCCUCAAAGCCCUUCACAGAUAUUCAGCAAGAAAAAAAUACAUUUCACAGUAAAUAACAGUAACCUGGUAGCCUAGCAGCAUGUGGUUUGUCCCUGUGAUUCCUGUGUGUGUGAGUUGAUGGUGUCCACAGCUCAGGACUGUAGUACAGUGGCCACACUGUGAGCCAGACAGAGUGCAUGGACGCAGUUUAACAGCUCACACAUUAGCCGUGGCAGCAUGCCCAUUCAAAAACACUUCCCAAACUGUGAGUGGGGAAACCAUUAGUCAGUAGUCCAUACUCCAUAACCAGCACUAUGACAGCCCUGUGCUGCCUGGGGCCUGGCCAAUCGCUAGCUUGACCCAGUCAAUACUCAACCUAUUUGAACGGAGUUAGCGCACAUGCCCAUUGUUUCUAUGAUGGGCUAUGUAAAGUACAAUUCCGGGCUAUGCAUAAUGUAUUUAGCCUCAGAAUAUAGGCCAGGCCUCUGGCUCCAAUCGUUCAUUAUCAGCUAACAGCACUCUGGUUCUAUUGGACUGACUGUGGUGGGAGUAAUUAAUUUACAUUGCGCCAUCUGGUGGCUAGUGCUAAUGGUGUUUAUUCUCCAUCUAUAGUGAUAUUGAUCCCCUGUGGUUAAAUUGAGUUUCACGCCAUGAUGUGAUAGGACUGUGGUCUGUGAUACAAUAGCCUCCGAGCUAAUUAUAAUGAGAUUAACAGAGGCAAUUCUUAGAUACUGACAAAAUGAGGGAUUAGCUAUCAUGUCAACCCAACGUGCAAAACGCUAAGGCAGGAAUUGAAAUAACUGUGGAAUUGUGAAUCAUUGGGUAGCUUGAGAAUCCUGUGGAAAGAUGCAAAAUCAUAUCAGCUCCUGCUUUACUACCUACUCUUAUGCAUUAACACAACUAUUUAUGGAAUAUUUGGAAAUUAAUUGAUGUUCUGUAUGUCUAACACUCUGCACAUGGGGAGAAUAUUGAUUUCCUGGUUGUAUUUUGACCUACUUUAGAGAAUUCCAAGCCCUCUCCUGAUCCUGUCUCUGUGUUAUUUCUAUGUUUAGGAGGCACUGGUCAGCUGCUGGGUCCAGUUCAGUGACGGUUCAGUGACCCCUCUGGACCUCUUCGACCGCAGCGUCUACUCCCUGACUGUGACCUCGGGGGACAAGAGCGUGGCGACCGUGCGCCGGACCCCCCAGUCAGCGUUUGUGGUGGCGGAGGGCGAGGGUCAGGGGGCGCUGGUGAAGGCUGAGCUGAGGAUCUGUGAGGAGUGCCAGAAGUCUAAGAGGAAGAGCAAGCUGGUGGUGGGCAACGGGCUUCUUAGGGUCACUUUCCAGAAAGGCAGCAGGACGGACGGAGGGGGCACUGGUGGUGGUGCUGCUGGCUAUGGCAGUGAUGGUUCAGAGUCAGAGGUAGAGCCUAAACCAGUCAUGACAUCAACACUGGAACUCACGGCAGUUGUGACCUCACCACGGGCUCUGACUGAGGGGGACGGAGACAGACGCUCGUUCAGGAGCACCGUGCCAGACCGCCAGGACAGCACUAUAACUGAUGUCACCACAUCAACAGCCAGGGCUCAGGAAGUGGCUGGAGGUGGCAUCUCUACCAUCAGAGAAGGGCAUCAGCAGCACCACCACCAACACUGAUAGUAAUACCACCACCAUGGGCAAACCUGGCACGGACAAACCUCAGGUGACUAGCAUACCUGGCAGGGAUAGAAGCCUCAGCAGAGGACAGGGGCUGAGGAGAGACUGGGGGAACCUGGUGGAAAACCCCAACCAGAAGAAAGAGAUGCCCAAAGCAGAGGCACCACCCCAGAAAAAGCAGCCCAAGCCGCCCCAGGUGGUGGAGAGUGAUCUGGUGAAGACGUUCAAAGCCAUGUCAGACUUGGAGAUUGGCAUCUUCGCCCUGGUGGGAGUCUCUGUCCUGGCCAUCCUGGCAUUCCUGCUCAACUGCGCCUCCUAUAAUCUCUGCUUCCGGGUCAACAAGACCGCCGUCCAGGGCAACCCAGACCCCAACGGCCCCAAGGAGCACAGGCACGACUGGGUGUGGUUGGGGACCACCACAGGGCCAGGGCCGGGCAACCCACCCCAGGUCUCCACCCUCAAUCGGGAGAACCACGGAUCUAUUGAGUCCCACCGCAGCCUGCAGAGACAAUGCUCCACAGAUAGCCACCGGGCCUUGCAGAGCAGCCUGAGUAUCAGUGCUAUCCCAGAGAGGACAGCCACCUUGGGCAGGAGGAGCAGCUCCCAGCAGGUCCCCACCCUGGACCCCAUGGCUCAGCGUUCAGCCACCCUCCUAGUCAAGCCCACCCACAGCAAUCCACUCCAUUCCCCCACCAGCAAGAGGAACCAGGUCCAGUUCACCACCUUCACCACGCUAGACAUUAAGCACCUGGCUGCCCUGAAGAGGAACGGAGUGGACUUUAACUGGGCCAGUCAGGCUGGGGGAGUUGGGGAGCCUCAGGGGCCACUACCUGACAUGCUGUGGCCUGUAGUCACACCCCUGGGCCAACCACAGUGAUACUCCACAUG